AUGGACGAAUCAGAGCUGGAACAGAUCCGGAAAGCUCGUCUUGAGCAGCUCAAGGCGCAGGGAGGCGGUGGUGGAGGCUCUCGCAAUGGCGGAGCUUCAGGCCAGGACGGAGAGAGACAGAGACAACAAGCAGACGAAGCCCGGCAGCAGAUGCUCAACCAGAUCCUCCACCCCGAGGCUGCUGACCGUCUCGGCCGCAUCCGACUCGUCAAGGAGCAGCGCGCAAUCGAUAUCGAGAACCGGCUCCUCACGCUGGCGCAGACGGGCCAGCUGCGGCAGAAGGUGACGGAGGCGCAGCUCAAGGACCUGCUGACGGCCGUGGCGGACAACCAGGAGCAGGAGAAGAUUGUUGUAAGCAGGCGAAAGGGCUGGGACGACGACGAUGAUGACUUGUUGGAUUUGUGA